AUGGCACACGGCUCACGAUCGCGGGAGCUUGGCGGCAUUGCUCAAGGGAACAAGAUGAACAUCCCCAACAAGUUCCCUAGCAAGCCGAUCAGGCCUCGCGUCGGUCCCGUAGGCUACAUCGUCGCCAUGGAAGGCCAAGCCCAAGUUCAGGGUGGCGGUGGCGGAGGAGGCGGUGGCGGUUUCGGUGGUGGCUUUGGCGGCGGCGCCGGAGGUGGUUUCGGAGGCGGUGGCGGCGGCGGCGGUCACGAAGUCUACGAGGUCAAGGCCGUAUCCAGCGGAGGCGGUGGAGGCGGCGGAUUCGGAGGGUGA